UCUCUCUCUCUAUCUUAUACUGCAAUCAUAAUGUUGUCACGGGUUGGAUCUUCAAGCUAUGACGUGUUUAUCAACUUCAGAGGCGAAGACACUCGCAAUCCUUUCGUUGGCCAUCUUUACAGUGCUCUAAAAGAUCGUGGACUCCAUGCUUUCAUUGAUAGCAAAGAUCUGUGGAAAGGUGAAGAUAUUGGGGAGCUUCUCGAAGCAAUUAAAGGCUCCAAGCUCUCGAUUGCUGUCUUCAGUGAAAGAUAUGUAGAAAGUAAAUGGUGCCUCCAAGAGCUCACUCAGAUGCUGGAAUGUCAUAGAACCAACGGUCAAAUCAUUUUCCCCAUUUUCUUCAAGGUCAAGACAUCUGACGUUAAGAAUCAGGCUGGAUGUUUUGAGAUUUCACCUCAGAUGUAUAGCACAGAGGCGCCCGAAACUCUACAAAGAUGGAAGGACGCUUUGCAAGUGGUAGGCGAUAAGAGUGGAUGGGUUUUUAACGAUGGGGAUCAAUCAGAGUUAGUUAGUUCAAUUGUUCAACAGGUAUGGAUCCGAUUGAAUAAGGUUCCCUUGAUUAAUGUUAAAAACCCUAUUGGAUUAGAAUUCCAUGUACAAUCUGUAUUAUCUUUCCUAUCAGAUACCGAUUCUAAGGAUGUUCAGUUUCUAGGGAUACGUGGUUUGGGUGGUAUUGGGAAGACAACCAUUGCGACCUCGGUUUACAACCAUAUCUUUAGAAACUUUAGCAAAAGUUGUUUUUUGGAAAACAUUCGAGAGAAAGCAUCACAACCCAAUGGUAUAGUUAAUUUGCAAAAGAUACUUUUUGAAAGGAUCUUUGGGGAGGAAAUAAAAAUAAGCGGUUCUAGAGAAGGAUCAAGUUUGAUAAAAGAAAGACUUGGAAAAACAGAUACUCUUCUCAUUCUUGAUGAUGUAAGCCAGCAUACCCAAUUAGAAGCAUUGGCUGGUGAUCUCAAUUGGCUUGGUCCUAGAAGUAGGAUAAUUAUAACAACUAGAGAUCAAAGCAUCUCACGCGGAGUUUUUGAAAAUAAUAAAAAAAUAUACGAGCCUAAAGAAUUGAAUGAGGAAGAGAGUCUUCAACUCUUCAGUUCAUAUGCUUUUUUAAUGGACCAGCCUCCUGAAGAUUAUAUGCAACUUUCAGUUGAUUUAGUACGCACUACAGGCGGGUUGCCCUUAGCCUUGGUGGUUUUGGGUUCUGAUUUAUCUAUUAACAAAGACAAAGAAGUGUGGGAAAGCAUGCUUCGGAAGUUGAAACAAAUUCCUCAUAAUGAUGUCUAUGUAAAGUUAAAGACAAGCUAUGAUGAUCUACAAGAUGAUAUUGAGAGAGACAUGUUUCUCGAUGCUGCAUGUUUUUUCAUAGGAUGGAAAAAAGAAGCCGUAAUUUCCAUAUGGGAAGCUUGUGGCUUUGAAGCGAGAUAUUAUUUUGAAGGUCUCAUGAGGAAAUCCCUCUUAAAGAUUAAUGAGGUGGAAGAGUUGUGGAUGAACGAUCAGAUUCGAGACAUGGGAAGGAGAAUUGUCUACAAUCAAAGGCCUAUGAAACCUGGCAGACAUAGCAGGUUAUGGUCUCGUGAUGAUAUCAUGAAAGUAUUAAAUGUUGAUAAGGGGAAUGAAAUGGUUGAAGGUAUCGUCUUUAGAUGUAGUUCAAAUGACACCAUUUGUUUACUUACUAAAGGCUUUGAGAAGAUGCCCAAACUAAGAUUACUACAAAUUGAUGGAGCAACCUUGAACGGAAGCUUUCAGUGUCUUCCCCAUGAAUUAAGAUGGUUGAGUUGGCAGAAUUGUCCAUUUGAAGAACUACCUGCCGAUUUUUAUCAUGAAGAAUUAGUUAUGCUAGAAUUAUGUAAUGGCUCGUUUAGACAAGUUUGGAAUAACUGGCCUGAAAAUAAGUUCUUUCAACAAUUGAAAGUUCUUAAACUCAGUAGUUGCCGGUCUCUAUCCAUGUCUCCCGACUUCUCAGGAUUUCCUAAGUUAGAAAGGUUGUAUCUUGAUAAUUGUGAUUCUUUGGUAACAUUACAUGGAUCCAUUGAGAAACUCCAGAAGCUCGUUUACUUGAACUUGGAAAGUUGUCGUUCUCUUAAGGUACUCCCAAACAGUAUAUGCAGGUUGAGUUCUCUCCAAAAAUUAAUUCUCAGUCAUUGCAUUUCACUCAACAAGUUGCCUAAAUCCAUUGGUGACCUAAAAGAAUCUUUGACUGAGCUUUUAUUGAACGAUACAAAUAUUAGAGCACUGCCUAAUGGUGUUGGACUGUUGAAGAAGCUAGAGGUAUUGGAUCUUUCACUUUGCCAUAAGCUUGUGAAUCUGCCAAGGUCAAUCGAGAAUAUGACAUCUCUGUGUCACAUUGAACUUUGUGGGCGAAACGAGCUAAUUCUCACCAAACUUGCACAACAUGAAAAAGCUGUUAGCGUGAAGAUUUUGCAAAAGUUUCUUUUUCCACUUCUCUGCUACCACACAGAGGCAACAGCAGGAUUGUCAAACAUAUGUUCUGUUGUGGAUGUACACGAGGAUAGCCACGUGUAUCUAUCUCAUAGGAUUCUAGAAGAUAUUGAUCAUUUAUUACAAAUGGUGCACAUUCAAGUACAGAGAGGUGCUGUCCGACCUUUGAUUAAGAUGCUUCAGUCUCCAGAUGGGAAAUCUCAGAUUUAUAACAAUGGCAAGACAGAUUUCACCCGAGAAACUCAAAUUCAACAACCGAUGAAGGUGAACUCUAACCCAAACCUAAGAUCACCAUCUUUACCAGAAACCACUGCGAGAAGCGCUAAUUGUCCAAUGCUGGAGAAACCCCCACCACCAGAAGGUUUUAGGUGGAAGCAGAAGGGUUGGAUCGAUUCUGUUUCUUCAUCCUUAUGCGAAGAAGGCGAAGAUGAAGUCAAAGCAAAUCAAUUUCACACACGAAUAGAGUUCCUUUACAAAUUCACACACACUUGCAUCUCUGUAUCUGUAACUGUAAUCUUCAUGGAACCAAAGGUUGGAUCUUCAAGCUAUGAUGUGUUUAUCAACUUUAGAGGUGAAGAUACCCGCAAUACAUUUGUUGGCCACCUUUACCGAGCUCUAAAGAAUCUUGGAAUCCAUGCUUUCAUUGACAGCAAAGAUCUGUGGAAAGGAGAAGAUAUUGGGCCGGAGCUUCUCGGAGCAAUAAAAGGCUCCAAGCUCUCGAUUGUUGUAUUCAGUGAAAGAUACGUAGAAAGCAAUUGGUGCCUCAGAGAGCUUGCUCAGAUGCUGGAAUGUCAUAGAUUCGACGGUCAAAUCAUUCUUCCUAUUUUCUUCAAAGUUAGGACAUCGGACGUUAAAAAUCAAACUGGAUGUUUUGAGAUUUCACCUCAGAGACAAGGCGAGAAGUCCCCCGAAACUCUACAGAGAUGGAAGGACUCAUUGCAAGCUAUAGGAGAUAAGAGUGGUUGGGUUUUUGACAACGGGGAUCAAUCAGAGUUAGUCAGUUCAGUUGUUCAAAGUGCAUGGAUCCGAUUGAAUAUGGUGCCCUUGAUUGGUGUUAAACACCCUGUUGGAUUAGAAUCCCGCAUAGAUUCUGUAUUAUCUCUACUAAUAAAACCCAAUUCUACGGAUGUUCUAUUUCUAGGGAUUUGUGGUCUGGGUGGAAUUGGGAAGACAACCAUUGCAACGGCUGUAUACAACUGCAUCUUUAAAAACUUUAGCAAGAGUUGUUUUCUUGAAGACAUAAGAGAGCAAGCAUCACAACCCAAUGGUAUAGUUUGUUUGCAAGAGAAACUUCUUUACAACAUCUUUCGACAGGAAAUAAAAAUAUGCAGUUCUAGAGAAGGAUCAAGAUUGAUAAAAGAAAGACUUCAAAAAAUAGACACUCUUAUCAUUCUUGAUGAUGUGAAUGAUCGUAUCCAAUUAAAUGCAUUGGUUGGUGAUCUCAAUUGGUUUGGUCCUGGAAGUAGAAUAAUCAUAACAACAAGAGAUCAGGGCGUUCUAAGUGGAGUUCCUGAAAAUAUUAAAAAAAUAUAUGAACCUAAAGAAUUGAAUGAGAAGCAGAGUCUUCAACUCUUUAGUUCUAAUGCUUUUUCAACGGACCAACCUCCUGAUGAUUAUAUGCAGCUUUCAGUUGACAUAGUACGCACUGCAGGAGGACUACCCUUAACGUUGGAGGUUUUGGGUUCUGAUUUAUCUAUCAAAAAAGAUAAAGAAGUAUGGAAAAGCAUGCAUCGGAUAUUGAAACAAAUUCCUCAUAAUGAUGUCUAUGGAAAGUUAAAGGUUAGCUACGAUAAUCUGCAAGAUGAUAUUGAGAAAGCUAUGUUUCUUGAUGCUGCAUGCUUUUUCGUAGGAUGGGAGGAAGAAACUGUAAUUUCCAUAUGGGAAGCUUGUGGCUUUGAACCGAAAUACCGUUUAGAAGUUCUCAAUAGAAAAUCCCUCUUAAAGAUUAGUGAGUCGAAAGAGUUGUGGAUGCAUGAUCAGAUCCGUGACAUGGGAAAGGGAAUUGUAUACAAACAGAGCCCCAUGGAACCUGAUAAACUGAGCAGGUUAUGGUCCCACGAUGUAAUCUUGAAGGUAUUAAAUGGUGGUAAGGGGAAUGAAAUGGUUGAAGGUCUCCUCCUUAGCUUCAAUUCAAAUGACAAUGCUUGUUUACAAACUGAAGUCUUUGAGAAGAUGCCCAAACUAAGAUUACUACAAGUUGAUGGAGCAACCUUGGAGGGGAGCUUUCAAUGUCUUCCUUCUGGGUUAAGAUGGCUCAAAUGGUGGAAAUGUCCAUUACAAAAUCUAUCUCCCGAUUUUUAUCAUGAUGAAUUAGUUAUGCUCGAUUUAAGAUAUGGCUUGUUUAGAAAAGCUUGGAAUAACUGGCUUGAAAAUAAGAUAUUUCAACAAUUGAAAGUUCUUAAACUCAGUUGUUGUUUCUUUCUGUCUGAGUCUCCCGAUCUCUCAGGAGUUCCUGGUUUAGAGAGGUUGUAUCUUGAUAAUUGUGCAUAUUUGAUUAAUUUAGAUGAAUCCAUUGGGCAACUUCAGCAGCUCGUUUACUUGAACUUGGGAUAUUGCUAUUCUCUUAAGAAACUCCCGAACAGUGUGUGUAGGUUGAGUUCCCUCCAUAAGCUUAUUCUCACUCACUGCAUUUCUCUCAAUGAGUUGCCUGGAUCCAUUGGUGAUCUAAAAGAAUCUUUGGUUGAGCUUUCCUUGGACAGAACAAAUAUAAAAGCAUUGCCUGACAGUUUUGGUCUAUUAAAGAAGCUGGAAGUAUUGGAUCUUUCGCUUUGCCAUGGGCUAGUGUAUCUACCAAGGUCACUGGAGAAUAUGAUGUCUUUGCGUUACAUUGACCUUAGUGGACGUGACAAGCUUCCAUACAUACCAAUCUUGCCCUCGAGUUUAAUUGAGCUUCGUUUUCUUUGCAAAUCGUUGGUAAGUUUACCAAACAUGCGAAACCUGAAAAAGUUGGAGUUAUUAUGCCUUAAAGAUAUUUGUAUAAAGGCGGAGCCAUUCAGAGGCUUCAUGAGGACAAUUCAUUCUGAUUACAAGGAAGUGGAUCAACGCUUCAUCAUAACAAAUCAUUCGCAGCAGCCGACACAUGGACAGAGAACAGGAUUUAGGUUGGGUAACCAUGAAGGUUGGAGACAAAUUUGGAUAGUUUUGCAAAAUACAUAUGAAGGUCCAAGCCCUUACCUGACUCCUGAUUUUAUGAUCUGCAGCAGGUUACUUAUGCACAUUUCUUUGUGUCUCCUCAUAAGUGAGGAAAUUCUGUUGGAGAACGUACCGGUAAAUAUCAUUCUGAAUUUUCAAGCUUGUAUCCAUAGGAACGAUAAAAAGACGUAUUGUGAAACUAGGCUGAGAAUUGAGGGCAUCAAAUUGAUGAAUCAAGAGUACAUAGAAUACAUUCAUGAAUUCGAAGGGUUUGAUUGGUUUGGGUUUCCACUGGAAGGCAGAGAUAUAAUUGAGAUAUCUCAAGUAGACCCAGUUGCUGUUGAUGAAUGUGUCCAAGUAUGUAUGAUCGGAUGCACUGUGAAUCAGCUGAACCUCUUGCUAAUAAAAGAGGAGCCUAACUUGGACAUGCUUCACAGUCAUUUCAGUGCAUGCGAUUAUGGUAAGAGAUAUCUUGAGUUUGUAAGAUAUUGA